AUGCGUGGCAUUCCCCAUGCCUUGAAGUCUCGUCAGAGGCGGCUACAUCAGGUGGCGCUUGUGCUGAUUCUGGUUUGGGCAAGCAAAUGGCGAAGCAGGGCAGAUCCUCAAUGCCGGCGCACGGCAUUCAUUGGCACCAAUGCACGGGUCGCAGGAGGCCGUCUUCGUCCCGCUUCUCCGCGUCAUUGCCCUGGUCCUCGGGUCAAAGAGGUAACUCGAGAAGGCGAGCUGAGGGUGCUCUUGGUCUCGCAGUUUCCGGUCUUCGUGGCGGUGGGUGCCUUGAUCCCCGUCCUGCCGCUGUAUGGACAAGAAUUCGGUCUCUCCCAAAGUUCCGUGGGGUUGCUCGUGUCGUCACCCUCCCUUGCAAAGCUUCUGUUGAACCUCCCCUUCGGCAAGCUCGCUGAUACUCUUGGCCGCCGAUCUCUGAUGGUUGGCGGUAUGAUCCUGUGUGCGGCUGCAGACGUCGGCACCGGUCUGGCCUCGUCUUUGCCUUUUCUGAUCAUGGCACGGCUUUUGCUGGGCGCCGGGCUUUCCAGCUCCGAUGCCGGCGCUUCGGCUUGGGUGGCCGAUGCCACAGAAAGCCAGCCAGAGUCUCGAGCAUCUUUCUUGGGCGUGCAGAACGCCCUGACUGCUCUGGCCUUCGUCCUUGGCCCCGCAGUUGGCGGCUGGCUGGUUCAGGAAUUUGGUUUGCGCUCCAUCUUCUUUGCCGUCGCUGCAGGAGCCGCCGCCUGUGCGGGCGGCUACGCGCUCCUCCCGGAGCUCCGGACUGCACCCGGCAAAGCCGAGGAAGAGAAGUCCUUCCAGGAGCUGUUGCAGGCGCCAGAGCAGCAGGCUUUAGCUGGAAUUUCGGUGGCCUUCUACGCCGGAACUGCCUGCAAGAUCUCCCUUUUGCCCAGUGUCGCGUCGGAAGCUUUCGGCGCGGGCCCGGGAGAGGUCGGACAGAUCUUCUCGGGCCUGGCGGCCUUGGCCAUCGGCGGCACUCUUGCGGGCGGACGGCUCACCGAUGCUGUCGGCCCGAAGUCGGUGCUCCUCACUUGCGGUUCCAUCUGCACGCUCGCCUACGUGGGGGCGGCCCUGGCCACGGGGGCUCAUGCCAAGGAUGCCUUCCUGGGCUUCCUGGCCCUCUGGGCGGUGGCGGCCGCCGUGAAGUCUCCAGCGCUUCAGGCCUACGCCAUCGCCUCUUCCCCGGAGGACCAGCGUGGUGCGGCCUUGAGUGUUCCGAAGACCGUAGGCGACCUGAGCUAUCUCAUCGCCCCCUUCUUGUUGGGGACCUUGGACGACAGCUUCGGACCCGAGGCGGCGCUGCUCUGCUGCGCUGGGACUUUCUUCGCCGGCACCGCAUGGUUCGCGCUGCGGAGCUAA